AUGGCUGCCCAGAACCCUCCACGGCAGACCUUCUUGUCCAAAAAGCCACCUCUGCUGCCUCGACAGUCGACAGUCGAUGUCCUCUCGUUCACUCACAUCAUUGCCGAUCGACUUUUGCCUGGCCAGAACGUCUGGGAUUAUUUCUCACCUCCACCUGCAGCAACCGCCUCAGCCGCCUCACCUUCUGAUGACACAACCAGAAGCAACAGCAACAGUGCCACAGUUAAUGCAGUUUUACCGCCAUUAUCACCGACGUCUCCUGGUCCACAAGGAGUUUCGAUGGGAGCCAUGAUGAUGUUGUCGCCGACUUCGCCCAUGUCCCCAACGUUUGGACAGUUUUCAGAAGGAAGCUCAGGAGGAGGUGGAGGUGGAGGUUGUGAGGGUAAUGGGAAGACAGCAGCAGCAACUGAGAGUUUGAGCAGCAAGCGUAACAGUAUCGCCUCAUCCAUCAUGCAAGAAAGGACAGACCACAACAGGACAAACACCCUUGAAAGUAACAAUGACAGCAACAACGCCAACAGCAACCACAAGGCAGAUUCCAGUUUACCCCCACUCUCCAACAACAUCGCAUCAUCGUCCGCUUUACUCUCGUCGCUUUCAGCAACUACAGUGGCAACUGCGGAUCUUCCACCAGCACCACCACUAGCCAAGCCAAUGACAACAACCUGGUCUACCGCUGCUGCUACUACUACGACAUCCUCGGCUACUGCAUCAACCAGCGGCGGCAACAGCAAUGGCAGCAGCGGGAGCAACGACAGAGCAGACAUGGAGACCCCCAAGCUUCACAAGCGGCGCUCGCUUGCCCAGUCGCUCAAGGAUGGGAUGUUUAGCUUAACCCAACUGCUCUCCCCUUCAUCCUCAGUAACCGCCUCUAGACUACCGAGUCCUAUGACCAACUCUGCAUCAACAACGAAUUCUGCUGCUGCAGCAUCGGUAGCAACAACAGGACCCCCUCAUUACAACAUUUUAGUCCUGGGAUCGGAUUCGGCCCCCUUGGCCAGCACACUCUACAAGAUGUCGGGCCUUUUGCCGAGUGCGACCAAGAUCCGACAUUACCAGGAGAUCUCAGGGUUCUUUGUGGCCUACUUCCGGUCAAAUGGGUCUUUUUCUUGCUCGCCUACCAUGACCCCGACCACACCUACUGCCCCUACGAUGCCUGUGACCGCUCGGUCUUCUACUUCUUCUGCGUCUUCGUCUGUUGUUGGGCCAGCGGCUGCGUCGGCUCUGAUUGAGAGGGAGGGGAUGGAUGAGGUCAAAAGUCGAAGGGAAUCGAUCCAAGAUUCUGAGAAUGAUGAUCUGGCAGAGACGAGGACACUUUCUCAACCAGCCGAAGAAGGUGGUGAUGGGGUUGAAGUUGAGGAAGAUCCGAUUAUGAAACUGAUAUCUGCACGAUCGAGUGAGGAGACGUUGCUUCAACUCAAGAUCUCGUCUGGCGGUCCCGGCGGUAAAGGCGAUGAUUUGAGUAGCAGUGGUGGCAGCACUGCUCACAGCGUGGCCGACAUGGACCGCGAAGAGAUCUUGCUCAGUGAUGACGAAGGAUCCACCGCCGCUGAAAGAGAUGAAUCUGAACUCGAAACCGAAACUGAGACCGAGGAACAAAUCAACGCAUCCGCAAACGCCAGUCUCUCCGUCCACGCCUUCUCCCUCGACACCACCUGGCCCGUGCCCCGAACCCUGGCCCAAACCUUUUGGUUCCCUCACGCACACGGGAUAAUCUACAUUGUCGACGCGACCCGCAAGAAUGACCCUCGAGGAAUCGACCAUCUCCUCAAUGCGCGGCAAUUCUUGGCGUCUUUGAUUGCGGACCCGCAUUUCAAGAGGAAGGACAUCCCGGUGGUAGUGUUUGCCAACAAGGCUGGUUUGGACCCCGAGACGUGUUAUCGAGUGGACGAGAUUGCAGGGAUUUUGGGAUGCGAGGAUUGGGACCUUGGUGCUGGAAGUGAUAGUGAGGGGAAGGGUAGGAGGAGUAGUGGAGAAGUGGCGUCAUCAUCAGCAAGAACUGGAAAAGGAUUGGUGGAAGGCGGGCUGGUGGAGGUGGAUGCGUCAGGAGCUGUCAAAACUCGGCCCUGGUGUGUCAAGAGCACGAGAUGUGACGGUGCAGGCGAUGGGUUGCGAGAAUCGGUCGAGUGGCUUAAGAGUCGUAUGGGCGAGACCUGGAGGCCAUAA